CAGGUGAAAAGUGUUGAUUGGAUCAGCAAACUCCCGAAUGAUGUAUUGCUGAUGAUAUUAUCGAGACUUUGUACUAAAGAAGCCGUAGGGACGAGUGUUGUGUCAAAACGAUGGGAGCAUGUGUGGAAACAAGUGUCUCAUCUUGUAUUCGACAAGCCAAAGACUAUUAAUUCCACAGAGCUGCAUGAUGGGUCCAAUCCAGAUGACACAUUGAUUACUAAGGUUAUAAACAAUCAUCAGGGACAUAUAGAGAACUGUGUGAUCAAUUAUUCUUCAUCCCAAGGUCUAAAAGGAAUUCUCAAUACUUGGAUUCACUCACUUACUAGCGUGAAACACACCAAAGUUCUCACACUCAUCCGCCAUUUUGAUUGUUGGGAUCGAACUGGAAAAGUCUUCGAGUUUCCGUCAAACUCAUUCUCACAUCCAAGCCUCAUGUCACUCUCACUAAGGUCAUACACUUUUAGAAGCUCACGUCCCUUUAGAAACUGCUCUAAUCUUAGGACCGUCAAACUUUAUUCAAUCAACGCUACCAAGGUUGAAGUCUUUAAUACGCUAAUCUCAUCUUGUCCUUCUCUCGAGGUGCUUGUACUGUACAUCACAUGCACCCACGAUAUUGGAGGUCCUUUGAAGAUUGAGAACAACAAAUUGAAGCUUUUGCAUUUGUUGUUUAUGGAUAACAUUGGUGGCCUUCAAGUGUCAUCAACUAAGUCUAAAUAUCCUCGUCAUCCUAAAUACCUCUUUUGGGAAUGAUGAUUUUUUCCUCUGCUCCCCCACACUGCAAUUUAGUAAGAAAAAAUUGUACACCUCACAUCAGCUACAACAUAUCCAAGG